GCAUGUCAUACAAAAACGUGACCGGUAUAAUAAUGACACCCUGACCUACUCAUAUCGUAGACAAAUCGAUGCGUUGCAGGUAAGUGAGUGAAUGAGCCACAAGUUAUAUCUGCGAUGUGCCCAUACAAACAAUAUUAGGUCAGCCGGCAGUUUUGCCGCGCAAGGGGAGCAGCGCGCAUGCCCCGACCACCUCACGCUUGCGCCUGCCAGUUAUCCUACGAAUUUUAUCAGUGGCCACCGAAUGGAAAUUCCAAAAUCAAAUAUAAUACAUAAUUUAACUUAAAUCUCGUCAUGUUAGUGAACAAGUAUCAAAAUUAGUAAAUCGACGUUAGGGGCCAAAUUGAAUUAAGUGAUUCUGAUGUGCAAGCUUGUCGGAAACUCCAUAUUAUUGCUGCUUCUCCUCUCGUUAGACUCGAGGGAUUGCAUAGCCAGUCCUCAUUAUGAUGGAAAAAUCCUUCUCAAUUCCGUGCAGGCAUGGGCGGUCAAACUCGGCACAGAGUUGUAUCACUUUGGCGAAUUUAUCACCAGGAAGAAAGAAGUACAGGACAGUUUCAAAUCAGCUCAGAUAGAAUCAAGAGAUGGUGAAAAGUUAGUUCAGAGUAUGUCAGAUGAUAUUCGCGCCAUGAUGGAGCUCAAAAUUAGUGCUGUUAAGAGAAUAGUGGAAGCAGCUGAAAAUAUGGCUUUUGACAAACAAAACGAGCCGGUACCUGAAGACUUUCAAUUUUAUAAUAGUAAAGAAAUGGAGGAACCCAUUGACGAGAUAUCUAUAAGUACAACGCCUGAAACAGAGUUUAGUAUGGAGAAUUGGAUAUCGCGACCGCCUACAAAAAAUGCACAUAUGCAACAAAAUCCUCAUUUCUCAAAUAUUCCUGUUAACACUAAUUUUAGCAGUGUUCAUGUUCCUACCAACGUUUAUGCUUGGGCACCAGAAGUUAUUAAAGGAAUACAUUGGUCGGAAGGCUUAGACACGCAUUUCAUCAACAACUACCAAAGUGAUCCGACCCUUUCAUGGCAAUAUUUUGGCAGUUCCACUGGAUUCAUGAGGCAUUAUCCAGCAAUGAAAUGGAAAGCUGAUCCUGUAGAUAUUUAUGACUGCCGAACGAGAGCUUGGUACAUGGAAGCCGCUGCAAGUCCCAAAGACGUGGUGAUUCUAGUAGACCGCAGUGGGUCGAUGACGGGCCAAAGAAGAGAUAUAGCUAAGCAUGUAGUUACAAAUAUAUUGGACACCCUUGGAAAUAAUGACUUCGUUAAUGUAAUGACGUUCGCAGACACUGUUGAAGAAAUUGUACCCUGUUUUGAAGAUUCACUCGUGCAGGCGACUUUAGGCAAUCUACGAGAAUUAAAACUAGCAUUAGAUAAUUUUGAAACCAUGGAGAUAGCUAACUUUUCAGCAGCGUUAACAAGAGCUUUUGAACUUCUUGAAAUAUACAGAAAUAAUAGUGGAGGUGCUAAUUGCAAUCAGGCUAUAAUGUUGGUCACAGAUGGCGUCCCUUAUAAUUACAAGGAAAUAUUUGAGAAGUUCAACUGGAAGUACGACACCCCGGUGAGGGUGUUUACGUACCUGAUAGGGCGAGAGGUAAAGGUGGCUGAUGUAAGAGAAGUGAAGUGGAUGGCGUGUGCAAACCGAGGGUUCUACGUUCAUCUGAGUACUCUAGCUGAGGUCCGGGAGCGGGUCCUGGAGCACGUCAACGUGUUAGCUCGACCUCUUGUGCUGCAGAGAGAAAAACACCCUGUUGUUUGGACACCCGUUUAUGCUAAUAUCACGGAUCCAAAAGUGGCGGACUACUUAUGGGAACAACGAGAAAGAGCAGAGCAGAAGGAGAGAUUUAUGAGUCAGCGGAGAGACAAAGCACUUUUUAAUUCUGAAAAGGAACAAGAAAGACGAUGGAGAAUUACCCAGAUGAAACAAGGUCAAUAUAGCGAAUUGGGAAAUUCGCAAUAUCAAUUAAUGACCUCUGUUUCAAUGCCUGUAUACGAUCUUCGUCAUAACGAGUCCGUAGAGGAGAACGGCCAGAAGGAGAUGCGUAUAGCUCGAUUACUAGGCGUUGCGGGAACUGAUGUACCGCUGUCAGAAAUCCAGGCUCUUAUGACUCCGUACAAGAUUGGAGUCAACGGAUAUGCCUUCAUCGUCACAAAUAAUGGAUACAUCUUAAUUCAUCCAGAUCUUAGACCUGUGUUCCAACAAAUUCUUAAACCAAGUUACAAUAGCGUGGACAUGGUUGAAGUGGAGUUGUUUGAUGAUGAUAGAUCUCCCAGAAACUUCAGCAAGGAGUUGACUGCGCUUCGAAAGGAAAUAAUCGAUCAAAAAACUGGAAACAAAAUGAUGAAUAUUAAAUAUCACAUGGAUGAUUUUAAACGAGUAUCCCGGGCCAAAAAGCAUUACUACUGGACGGGGAUCAGCGACUCUCCUUUCACUCUUGUGGUGGCCAUACCAGAGAAUUAUGGGAGACACAGAAUAACACCGCCACCCACAGACGACAUACAUAGGCUCUCCUUAACAUCUAAGAACAUAUCCGCACGCCAAUACUUGUCCGACAAGUGGAGCGUCCACCCUGAUUGGUUAUACUGCCGUCAUUACGAGCACACAUUCUCAUCUCCCGAGGAAGAGCUGCUUUACUUCCUGGAGCGAGUGGCCAAGCCUGGCUGGCGGUGGCCGGCCAAACCCAAACCGCCAGAACAUCACAAGAAUAAGGGUCAUGAAAGACAUAACAAUGGAACCCCAGAAACAAAGGAACGGAAUAAGGUUUCAAACAACACGCCCAGGAAUGAAUAUUAUUGCGACCAUGGACUGAUGCAGGCCUUGGUGUAUGACGCUCGAAACACAGCGUGGUUUAACAAGAGCAUAUCAGAGUCGGCUUCGGAUGAAAAGGCGGUGGAGUUCAUCCAGCGAUUCGGUUACAUCGUAGCGUUCCUCGCGACUCACAGCGGUCUCACUCGCUGGCAGACGCACCCGCCAAAAGAACAUGCCGAUAACGACAGACAAGAAUUCGGCAAGCAAUGGCCACGUGCCAUCGACGAAGUAUGGUACCGUCGCGCCGUCGAGCAGCACUACAUCGACCCCCUGAGCUACGUGUAUAGUGUUGAUCUCAACACCGCCAAGUUCCCGCUCAAUGUGAGCGCGGCCAUGGUGACCGGGGCCCACGCCGUGUUCCAUAGCGACGGGCACAGGAAGGCCCCCGCCGCAGUCGUAGGGUUUCAGUUCAAGCACGAGCGGCUUAGCGAGUGGUUCGAGAACAUUACGUCAUCUUGCGAACACAACAAAGAAUGCGUGACUUGCCUAUCCGAAAACUGGGAUUGUUACUUGGUGGAUAACAAUGGCUGGGUGGUGGUCAGCGAGGACGCCAAUCAGACAGGGCAGUUCUUCGGCAAAAUACGACCAGAUGUUAUGGGGAGGCUGAUAGAAGAAGACGUCUUCAAGGCGGUGCACCUAGUAGACUACCAAGCUGUGUGCUUUAGAGAAAAGAAAAUCGCCAAUCCCGCUAGCUCGUUAUUGACGCCACUGGAAAACUUCCGUCUUGUGGUUGCUUGGGUCCUGACUACUUCGGUUUGGCUCUUUAACUCCAUAACUUCAGGGCUGGCACAAGCUUCAAGUUACACUAUGGACGACGCUUAUCAGAGCUACGAGAAUGACGAAGAAAACGAUGAUAACUACAUGUCAAAGCCUCCAUCCCGGGCCACAGAGCGGGACUUCGAGAAAUUAGUCCUGAUCAACAGGACGCGACCAACUCCCUGUGACAGAGAAGUCUUCCUCUACCAGCUCGAGUACAGCAAUUUGGACGAGAAAUUGAAUAAACCAGUAGCAGAUUGCAACAGGCCUUUUUACGUGCAGUUGGUAAAUUACACGAAUAUGCUGAUGAUAUUGGUCGACGCGUUGUGUCCCAAAGAAGAGGUGCCGAUCCUUUCUGUGGACGCCACGGAAGUCAACUACAAUGAGUCACUGCCGUGUUUGAAACAUAUGCAUCCGUUGUACAGGAAACAGCCAAUGUCUUGUAUCAGAAACCAUACUGAGGAGAGCAACAUCGACAUGUGCGGACGAGCCAGCUUGCCCACAACCCUGUUUUGGAUCCCUUUGAGCAUACUGAGUGUGCUGCGGUGUUUUUGAGCCGAGGCAAACGUUUAAGAAACAAUUGCAUGCAGUAUUCGAUGUUAUUGUUUACGUUUGGAUUUAUACAUUGGCGGCGUAAACAGUAAUUUUAUAUUAAUUUAAACUUAUCUCUUUUCGCUUUCAAUAUACAAAUCAAAACAUGAAAAUUACAGUCUGAAAUUUAAGUAAAGCAUCAUACAAAUGAUCUUAAGGAAAUUUUGUAAUAUUAAUUUGGAAUAGCGUUUAUUACUGAUCAUUUUGUUUGUUGCUUUUCACAGACUCAUUAAAAUUUAUCAAGUCCUAAGAUUAUAAAUGUUGGUUUUUAAUUUUUUUUGCUGAUAGGAUAAUGUGUGCAAUUGAUUCACAUUUCAAUUCGAGUGAGACAAAAACAAGAUUGAUGACGUUCUUUGGAAAUUAUUAAAAUCCAACGUAUUAAAACUAGAGUUAUAAUAAAACUUAGCAUGGUUUGAAAGAAAAGUGCUUACUUAAAAUUACAAAUAAACAUCUUAUCAAGUCUCAAUUCUAAAGGUGUAAAGAGAACAUAUAAUUAAAAAGUCAGGUUUAGCGUUUUUGAUACAAUGUGAGAUUAUUGAGCUCUUAAAUAAUAGCUUAUAAAAUAGGACGUAAUAAAAGACGUUGAAAGUUGCAUUGUAUGGACAAAAUGCUAUGGUCAAAGGUCUCAUUGUCUUGUCUAUUCAUGAUAGAUAGAUAGAUUUUGUCUGCAUUGUAUUCAUAAAAUAAUUAUAGUUUUAUUUUUUUAUUUACCUAUAGAACAACUAGAACAGCAUACAUGUCAUAUCCACAUAUCACCGAUGAUUUUUUUGUUCGGCGUAGAUAGUUUGUGAGAAUAGUUAGUAAGUCUUUUCGCUCCAAGUUGCCACAAGUAGA